CUGGUACCCAUAUGUCAACGUGAAUUGUUUAGGGUGGAUUCAGUUCAUUGGCAAUAAACAUAUUGCUGUUUCACGUUAUUAUUCGUUUUAGACGCGUUUUAACCCUAAGUGUACGCUCAGCUUCCGGUGCACUUGCUGCUUUCUCCUGUGGAGCUUGAUAGUUGUUGCAGACAGGGUCGAUUCAAAAGAGAGCGAGGGUCUGUGGAGCAUCCCGCUGGGUGCACGGCGUGUCAUGGAGGCAGUGAAGGAGGGUCACAAGAGCACCCUGAGCUCGGGCAAAAUGGUGGCUCUGGCUGCGGGCCUCUCUGUUGGGGCCACAGUCGGCUACAUCGUCUAUCGUCACAUAAGCAGCACCAACCACAGUGAGGAACCCAGCACUGAGGUGUCCAAGAUGGUACUUCCUGUGGAGGUUUAUAGGAACAUAUCCAGAUACCAGGCCACGUUUUUGGACAUGGUCUCCCAGAAGUCUGGAGCUCAUGUCAGGGUUUUGUCAGAUUCAGGGGAGGCUGGAUGUAAGACGGCUGUAUGUUUCCUGCUGCAGGGCUCUAAGGAGCAGGUCUUGUUGGCCCGCUGUGUCUUAGAGAACCUGGUCACUGAUUGUGAACCGGUUACUGAGGCUUUGGAGGUUCCUCAGACUGCUUUUGGACGUAUAAUAGGUCGUGGUGGAGAGAGCCUGAAGCUGAUCACCAGGACCACAGGGGCCAAAGUGUCUUGUUCCAAAGAGAAGACGCAUGGCCCUGGGGCAAAGGGCAGCGUGACAAUCACAGGAACCAGACAGGAAGUGAAACAAGCCAAGGAGCUGAUUCUAGAAAAAGUCAAAGAGGACAUGAUGGUUAGAGCAAAAAUCUCCCAGUCAUCUUCCCUGCGAGAGAAACGCGGCCCUUCUGCCAUGAAUCAGAGGCCAAACAGCACAGAGACUGAAGCGCCUGUGGGCUUGAACAACAACCCUCCCUACUCCCAGACUGAGAAAAAUGGGCUCAUCCUCUCCAACGGCACCACGGGAGAACCAGAGUAUGUUUGUGACAAGAUGGAGGAGCUGAAAAUCACCAACACAGAAGACAAGAAGGAGGACCAGAGUGAUUCCACUGACUCUCUUUCUGAAAUUUCCAAGUUUGAAAUCCCCAGUCCAGACCUGAGCUUCCAGCCUGAUGAACAUCUGGAGGUUUAUGUUUCUGCUUAUGAGAACCCAAACCAUUUCUGGAUCCAGAUCCUGGGGGUUCGUUCCCUGCAGCUGGACAAACUGACAGAGGAAAUGAACCGCUUCUACAGCAGUGGCAACCUCACUGAGCAGAAAGUCGAGACCAUUGUGGUGGGGGACAUUGUGGCAGCUCCAUACCGAGACCACGGCACAUGGAACAGGGCCAGAGUGCUUGGAGUCCUGGCCUCUGGACUGGUGGACCUUUAUUAUGUUGACUUUGGGGACAACGGGGAGCUGCCCAGAGACAGCCUCCGCCGUAUGAGGAGUGACUUUCUCAGCUUGCCAUUCCAAGCUAUAGAGUGCAACUUAGCCGGGGUGAGACCAAAAGGAGAGGCGUGGACUGAAGCAGCCUUGGAUGAGUUUGAGCAGCUGACACACUGUGCCUCUUGGAGACCCCUGCAGGCCAAGCUGUGCAGCUACUCUCAUACUGAGAUCUCCUCCUGGCCCAGUGUCAAGCUCUAUGACAACAGCGAGGGCAAGACUGUAGAUAUUGGUGAGGAGCUCAUAAGGCUGGGCCAUGCUGUCAGCUUCCAGGAAGUGGUGAACGGGAGGACUGAGGGUGACAAUCUUGGCUGUCUGCAGAGGAUGCUGGAUGAUGUGAUAGGAGCAUCAUCGGAGCUGAGCCUCUCCUGCAUAAGCUUAUCAGAAGCUGCCUCAAUCUCAGGAAGCGUCGAUGAUGUCAUAGAGGAUGAGCUCCUCUGAGACCAAAGACAUACAUAAAUAUUCAGCACUGACAUCCACUUCUCUGCAUCAGUUCAAAUGAGAUGAAGGGGAUAUUUCCUUGUUCGACCCAAACUCGACCGUUUAAACCGUCAUCGUGAAGCCUUACCUACUUAAUGAGCCACAGUGCAACGGUUCUUCCAGCCAUAAUUCACUUUAUUGUUGUUACUUCAGCACAAAAGAAUUCUUGUGUUUGGCCUUUAUGCUGUUCGGUUGUACCCAAUGCUGCUUUGCUUUUUUGUGUUGUUGCUAUAUUUUGUGUUCAAGUAGUGAAGAGAAGGAAUGAAAACAGAAUGCCAGUAUUAUUUAAAAAUAACAAAAAAAACAAAACACUGUGAUAUUGGAAACAGAAGGCAGCUGAUUAGCUAUGUUUUUUUUUUCUCUUUACGUGUAUGUGUAUUAAGAUAUAAUGGCCUAUAUACUAGGCCUCAAAAAGUAUUAUAUUUUGAAAUGAAACCAUAUGGUAUAAAUGAAUGUGGUCCUCGGCUUGUAUUCAGUAUUAAAAAUAUGGCAUCUACUGUAUCGUUAACUAAGGACAGAAGGCAGUGGUAGCUUGUGUAAUAGACUGCACUAUAUAUAAUAAAGGAUUUAUUUUAUGUCA